CGAUAUAUGAAAAGGCAAUAAAGUUAGAGUUUUUUUUACUGAAAAAUCUGAAUAAAUGGAAGCAAUUACAAGUGAAACAUGAAAUAUGGAUGGCAAAUAUCAAUUAUCAGAAUCUGUAGUGACUUCAGAAUUAUAUUUUUUGAUAUGCAAGUUUCUGGCUGCUGGUCCCCUGCAGAAAACUGCUGAGGUGCUGAUCCGUGAGCUGGAAGAAAAGAAAGUGCUACCAAAACGUACCGAUUGGUUGGGCAACGAAUAUGAUCAGACUUUAGCUGAAUUGGAGCGGAAAUAUUCUCACAUCGACUCAAAUCAUCUAUUGCAAAUAUGUUGUCGUAUUGGACCAAUUUUGGACAAGGAGCUAGCACCAAGUGUUCCUGGCUUGAUGUCAUUAUUGGGUAGCGGACGUCAAAGCUUAUUGCGAACGAAAGAAAGUAUUUUUCGAUCCAGAUCAUUAUUGGAUUAUUGUACACGAUUACAUGGUGUUUCCCUGCCAGAUUCGACAGUUACUAAACCCGUGCAUAAUAUUCAAAAAGUUCUCAUUGGUCGAGAGUAUGGCGGACCAGUGCGCAGAAAACUUUUGGUUCCCACCGGUUUGUAUAGUAAAACUAAACUUUUGCGUCGCACGGUAGGCCAUCUUUCAUCGGUGUAUUGCGUGCUGUUUGAUCGCACGGGCCGCUAUAUUAUUACAGGAGCCGACGAUUUGCUCAUAAAGAUAUGGUCUGCUGUUGAUGGACGCCUAUUGGCUACGUUACGUGGUGCGUCUGCGGAAAUUACUGAUAUAGCCAUAAAUUUGGACAACACUAUGUUGGCGGCGGGUUCUCUCGAUCGUAUAUUACGAGUUUGGGAUUUACAAACGACUUCUCCUAUUGCCGUGCUUUCAGCCCAUACUGGCAUGAUCACGUCAGUGAAUUUUUGCCCAUCGCCUCGAGCAGAUCUUAAGUAUUUGGUAACUACUAGUACUGAUGGAUCGAUAGCUUUCUGGCAAUAUUCAACACCUCGUGGGCAAAAAAUCACUUUUGCUCCAAAGCCUAUCCAGUAUCAUGAAAAGUUACGUCCUGGUCAAGCACAAAUGAUGUGUACUUCGUUUUCUCCGGGCGGUAUGUUUUUGGCAGCUGGUUCGGCUGAUCAUCACGUACGUGUUUAUUUAAUGUCAGAAGAUGGACCAAAACGUAUUCUGGAAACUGAGGCCUACACAGAUGCCGUGGAUUCCGUUCAAUGGUCGCAUCGUGGUUUGCGUUUUAUAUCAGGCAGUAAAGAUGGAACGGCACACAUUUGGACCUUCGAAUCCCAGCAGUGGAAAAGUGUGAAACUCUGUAUGACCGAAAGAUUGUCGAGUUGCCCUGAACUUGAAGAAGGUAAAAAGCUCAAGGUAACCAUGGUUGCCUGGGACUGCUCUGAUAAAUAUGUUAUAACCGCUGUUAACGAUUUUACGAUAAAAAUUUGGAAUUCAAAGACUGCCCAAUUGCACUGUGUUCUUCGCGGUCACAAGGACGAACUGUUUGUACUUGAAUCUAAUCCUAAAGAUGAAUACGUUUUACUCUCAGCUGGCCAUGAUGGGCAGGUUUUUUUAUGGGACAUAGAAAAAGGUGACUCUGUGGCUCAUUUCGUUAACAAUAUCGAUGGACAAGGUCAUGGUGGUGUUUUUGAUGCCAAGUGGUCGCCAGACGGUACAAUGAUCGCAGCUACAGAUUCGCAUGGGCAUAUAUUGAUUUUUGGCCUCGGCAUUGGUCUUGAUAAGUAUAAAAUCCUUCCUACCGAGCUAUUUUUCCAUACCGACUACAGACCACUACUGCGUGAUGCCUCACAUCAUGUUGUGGAUGAACAAACACAAAUUAUGCCCCAUCUCAUGCCACCGCCAUUCUUGGUUGAUUCCGAUGGUAAUCCACAUCCUGCUAGAUUUCAAAAAUAUGUUCCCGGAAGAGAAAAUUGUAGCACCGAUCAACUUAUACCGAAUCUUACGGUAGGAGCUGAUGGUGUUGUUGUCGAUGAUAACGUGGGUCCUGGUGGUGGUAAUUACUCCCACAUUGAUCGUUUAAUUGCAGCUUUGGCCAAUCGUCAAGGAAAUGCGACAGCUUCUGGUGCAGCUCAGAAUCAAUCAGCCAUCCCGCCUCCUGCAGCAGAAAGUCAUUCCCAGCUAGAUCGUAUGAUUGAAGCUUUGGCUAACCGUCAAGGUUAUGAUCAGGCCCCUGACUCGAAUAAUAGACCUUCUGGCAGUCGUUCAUCGUUAACAGGAAAUAUUUUGGGCAAUGGACAGCGCAUUUUACCUUCGGAUAGACGAUCUUCUGAUACCUCAAACGGUCAACCUCGUCAGGGAACUACUUGGGGUCGACCUCCAGAACAACAGCUUCCGACAAGUCAAUUUAAAUAUGUUCGCCGUGUUUACGUAAGACCCAUGAGAUAUCCUCAGUUGCAGCAUUUGAAACAGACGGUUUACGCGGCCGGUCAAUAUGAGAUGCAAGAAUAUAAAAGAGAAAUGCGCCGACGUCCUAUAAUGAUUAGUACUGCCAGCGUUGUUGCUUCGCAAUCAGGUGUGGGGCGACCUCGAAAUACGCGUUCGAAUGGCGCGGGACGAGUAGGACGAAGACGUGGCGGUCGACCACCUGGUGGUCAAGCGCAACAGCAACAGUCACAGCCUGCAUAUCGCACCCGAGCAAUGCGUGAUCAAGAGGAAAAUGCGCAGCCUGCGCCUCCACCAGUAGAUUUGGAGGAGGACGAGGAAAGCAGUGGCUCAUCUGGCGAUACUAGCUAUUCUAAUGUAGAAGAAAAUCUCGAAGAAUCGUCUGAAGACUCGGACACCGAAUCGUCUGACUAUUCUGACUGGGUAGCUGACACACCGGGUCCAAAUCUAGAACCUCCGAAACGUUCAAAACGCAAACCUUUAUCUCGCCGUCGUACUGUUACUGAUGACAGCAGCGAUGAGACUACUGAACAAGCAACUACCUCGGCCAAAGCCGGACGACGCAAUAAGCGAGUACUUAUACCACCACCAGCACCAAAUGGAGAGAUACCUGAGCUCUAUCGACCAGCGGAAUGGUUGUCUGAAGUUAUACCGCGGAAAACGCCUUAUUAUCCGCAAAUGGGAGACGAAGUAGUUUACUUUCGUCAAGGACAUCAUCGUUACUUGGAGGCUGUGCGUCUCAAGAAGCUGUACAAAGUGUCACACAGUUCGGAGCCUUGGAAUUUUCGUACUCUUCGGGAUCGGGAAAUGGUGCGUGUUAUUGGCAUUAAAUAUGAAAUUCGCCCUCCGCGGUUGUGUUGCCUGAAACUCGCUAUGAUUGAUGAGGACGGUAACAUGACUGGUCCGACGUUCAAAAUCAAAUAUCAUGACAUGCCAGAUGUUUUGGAUUUCCUAGUGCUGAGGCAAACGUUUGAUUUGGCUGUGCAACGUAAUUGGAAUUUGGGUGAUCGGUUCCGUUGCAUGAUUGGUGACGGUUGGUGGAUAGGUCAAAUAGAAUCGCGUCAUGCUCUAUCUUCAGACUUUCCCGAUUCGUACUUCAUGUGUUUCCGAGUGCGUUGGGAUAACGGGGAAUAUGAAUAUAUGAGUCCAUGGGAUAUGGAACCGAUCGAUGAAAAUCGUUUACCGGAUGAAGUAGGUGGUGCUUCAACGGUUUUGCCCGAAGAAAUACGAGCAACUUUGUAUCAACCGAAGUCAGAGGAAUGGCAUCGUGGUGAUCGUGACGGUUCAUGUCGUCGCAUAAUUAAUGGAUUGGAACAGGUUAUGCGUUUGUCAAUAGCUGAGCCUUUUUUGGCUCCAGUGGAUCUAAAUAUUUACCCCGAUUACGCUUAUCUGAUUGAGUAUCCCAUUGAUUUGACAACAAUCAAAUCAAGAUUUGAAAAUCAUUUUUAUAGACGCAUCACUUCGGCACAAUUUGAUGUGCGUUAUUUGGCCACAAAUGCAGAAAAAUACAAUCGGAGGCAUACAAACAUAGUUAAGCAUGCUCGUAUUGUUACGGAUUUAUGUCUGCGUAUUAUCCGUAGGGAACCGAAUGAUAUUGAUGUAGCGGCUGUGUAUCAUCAAUUGGCUGAUGUAUACCAUUCAUCAGAAUCUGAAAAUGAUAACGAAUCAGAUGUGGGGCCAUCCACUAGUACUCCCUCGACUACCGCCGCCGCUGGGACGCCUACUGCUAGAGUUCGUGGUAGUAUGUCAACUACCGCUAGGAGAACAUCAAAUCGCAUGCGGUCAGAUGGGGACUGGCGAGCUGAUUGUCGGCAAUUGCUGGAAAUGAUGUGGCAGCGGCCGGACUCUUUGCCUUUCCGUGAACCUGUCGACACCAUAGAAUUUCCCGAUUAUUUGGAAAUUGUCGCUACACCGAUGGAUUUGCGUACAGUCAAAGAAGAUUUGUUGGGCGGCAAUUACGCCGAUCCACUGGAUUUCGCCAAGGAUGUACGCUUAAUAUUUCAAAAUUCAAAGAAUUACAACACCAACAAACGCUCGAGAAUAUAUUCCAUGACUCUCCGUUUGAGUGCUCUUUUUGAAUCGCACAUUAAAACGGUCGUAAGUAACUGGAAGGCUGCCCGGCGACGAGCUAGUAAGAACAAAUCGCGUGGUGCAAAUAACGGUCGAGGAUCCAGCAGCAGUCCGAAUAAACGUAUCCCGAAUGACCGUACUCGAUCGUCGGGUAGACGUGGGCAAGCGCCUAAAAACACGAGAAGGGUAGUACGUAGUUCCGCUGAAGAGUCUUCUCACAAUGAGGAAGAUGAUCAGCCCCGUGGUAGUAUGCGACGUGGUCGUACCGCUCCUCCACGUGGUUCUGGGGGAGUAGCGAGCACUUCAAGUUCAAAUCGUGUGACUUCAUCGUCCACACAUCGACGUUUUAAUGCCGGAGACAAUGAUCAACCUGGUACUUCACGUUCCUCGAGACGUAAAAACGCAUUGACCGAAUUGCCAGAUAACGAUGACGACGAUGACGAUGAAGACAUUACCGGUUCUUCCACGACGGAGGAAGAUGAUGAUGACGUAGAAGAUGACGACGAACCGAGUUCAAAUGAAGAAAGUGUUACUGACAAUAGUUUGUCGGAGGAUUCGGAAGAAAGUUAUAUCCCGCAAAAAGAGCGAAAAAAACGGGGACGAAAACGACGCCAUAAGUCGGCUCGUAAAAAUAAACAGGGCACAAAACCUAAGCGCCGUCGUAUUGAGGACGACUCGGAUGAGGAUUUUAAUGUAGAAACACGUGGUAAACGUAAAAAAUCUAGCAAAAGAUCUGGUGGAGCAGAUGUUGUACGUAAUGCUAGUCGCAAAGGUGCAGGAACGGGCGGUUUAUCACAAGCAGACGAAAGCACGCAAGAUACCGUCACGCAUAUUACCCCCAAGAAAAAAGGUCGACCCCCGAAAGCAUCCCGCAAUAAUGAAAAUGGUCCUAGUACGAGCGCUAGCGCUUUGUUAAUUCAGAGUCCAUCCCGUACCACCAGGAACCAGGCUAGUUGCGCUGCAUUAGCAUCUGGGAAUGGGCGGCGAGCCGCCGAAAAUGAUCACAGCUACCAUUUGCCCAUGCGCAAUGGUCGUAUUGCCGAGUCAGACACUGAUUCUAGAGAGGUAGCUGUCCGUCCGACCAGAGCGAGUGUGAAAAGAGCUAUUUUGGAAUGGGCCCGUGGUAGUGAUAUUGAUGACGACGAUGGCACAGAAGAAGCCGAAGAGAUAUUGCCAACACCGACACCCACGAAAGCUAACGGACCAACUGCUGCGAGUCGUGAUGUCAAUAGUUCCACUGGAAGUCGAACAGCCACCAGUGCGACAAGACAAUUACGUACCAAUCGCAACACUGUUGUGGAAUCUGCGCACAAUGAAUCAGAUGACGAGGAUGACGAUAGUGACAAUGAGCCUUUAGCUACGAGCCAAGCGUCCCAAUACAAGUCACAGGGUAAUUCGAAAAGUGGUAACGGACCGCAUCCCACACAUUUGCAUAGACGUGAUGUGCAAAUGGCCCAGAACGGUAGAUUGCCGACAGCACCGGUAUUGCAUAUGACACGUUCACAUGCUACUUCGACAACUACAAACGUCGCUUCUUCUUCUUCUAUCGUCGCCGCUCCUUUAGCUGCACAUGAUCAUAAUUAUUUGGGUGAUCCAGGACCUUCAACAUCUAGCGCUGCAAUGCGUAAUUCAAGAAGGGUCUUAUCCCGCCAUCAACGUAAUGCCGAUGAACUGGACUCAAGCUUAGAUCCGCUUGAGGGUUCAAUUAUUUCACGCCUCAUGAGGCGAACGCCUACAUCAACGACGAACACUGCAAAUGCGGCUCCUGUCACUACAAUUAACCGCUCAAGAGUGGACACACCUAUCAGUGGGAUACCUUUACGACGAGGCCGCUCACGUUAUAGUCAGGAGAAUUCGCAGACUGAACCGUCGGCAGAUGAAAAUCUGCCAGACAUUGAAGAAGAAGAUGAUGAAGACGAUGUUGGAGCUUCAGAUAUAGGUAUUGAUGGCGGUUCUAGCGAUGCUAUCAAUAACAGUGAAUCAACUGACUCCGAAGACGAUCAACCGCUUACUUCUUAUGUACCCGCUUCAAAACGCAAUGGUGGCCGCAGACCGGUCCAGAAAAAAAGACGAAAUUCUGAUCAUUCGUUCGUAUAUGAUGACGACGGCAGUGAUGAAUAUCGUGGCAGACGGAAAAGAACACACAAAGGACGGAAACGUAAAGAAAUCGGUGAAAUUGGAAUUAGGCGCAAUCAACGUGGCUCGCGUAACCAAAAGCGUCCCCGUUAUAACGAACUAAGCGACGAUGAGGAAUUACAAAGUAAAAAGACCGCACUUGCUUAUACAACUACAGGCAACCGUAUAGAUGGUGAUGAUCCAAGUGCCAGCACCAUAGACACUGAUGAUGAUCAAUUGGUAAGUGUCAGCAGUAGAGGACGUAUACGUAAAAUAACUGCCAAAGCGAGAGGGAUUUUUAAGGAGUAAAGAAUUCAAUACUCCAGUGACUGUUUUUAUGUAGAAAAAAAUCGCAUACAUAUACACAUUAAUUUAUCCAAAAAGAAUUAUUAUUAUCAUUUGUAUUAAUGACUCAAACACGGUAACCACAUCUACAAUAACACUCAUGCUUAUCUUCAAUUUAUUUUAUGCAUAUUUCCUCUACAUUUAUUUAGUGUUAAACAAUUAACGAUUUUUCAUGAUCUUUUUUCUUUUCUAUUCAUUUCAUCAUCGUAAUUUAAUGUGAAUUAGAAUUUUCUUUUCAUUCAUUAAUCCGUUCUUACAUGAAUUUAUUUGUUUUAUUAUUAUUAUUAGUUUAUAGCAUAUUUCUCAAACUCCGUUUAUGCGAAAGAAAAUAUUGUUUAAUUACUUUGGUGUUAUGCGCGUUCGGGCGCAUAAAAAAUAUUAAAUAUCAAAUUAAAUUGGAAUUUCUUGUGAAAUGCUUUUAGGAUUUGUUCUUUAAUUUUUUUAUUUUUUAUUUUGGAUAUCUGUCCUAUAUUUAUCAUACUCUAUUUGCCAAGGGAGUAUAAUUUUCUUUGCAAAUGCUAGCAGAAUAAAGUUUAUCCACUUUGAUUCAAAACAAAAAAAAAACAUCAUUUAAAGCAUUCAAAA